AAAACAACAGAGUUAUUUAUAGUGUCGCCCACAUAGCUCUCUCUUCUUCCUCGCGCCGAGUCUGCUCUGAAUUUAAUAGUCUGAAAGACUUAGAGCUGCUUUGUGCCUCUUUGGCAGUGUUUCGAGAAAUGGGGAAGAAGACGAAGAAGCCAGGAAAAGGCAAAGAGAAAACAGAGAAGAAAACAGCGAAAGCUGAUGAAAAGAGAGCUCGCAGAGAGACCAAGAAGCUCUCGCCCGAGGAUGACAUCGAUGCCAUUUUGUUGAAUAUACAAAAAGAAGAAGCCAAGAAGAAGGAAGUCCAUGUUGAGGACAAUGUCCCAGCUCCGUCUCCGCGAUCAAAUUGUACGCUGAACAUAAAUCCCUUGAAAGAGACAGAGUUAAUCCUUUACGGGGGUGAAUUCUACAAUGGUAAUAAGACGUUUGUGUAUGGUGAUCUUUACCGCUGCGAUGUUGAAAAGCAGGAAUGGAAGUUAAUUUCGAGCCCCAAUAGUCCACCUCCUCGUAGUGCACACCAGGCCGUGACGUGGAAGAACUAUCUUUACAUCUUUGGUGGUGAGUUUACUUCCCCAAACCAAGAGAGGUUCCAUCACUACAAGGACUUUUGGAUGUUGGACCUCAAAACGAAUCAAUGGGAACAACUAAAUUUAAAAGGGAGUCCAAGUCCACGCUCAGGUCAUCGAAUGGUAAAUUCAGUUGAAGUUGGGGUUGACCAUAAUAAAGUGUUGUGCAGGUACCAUAAUGAUCUCUAUGUAUUUGACCUUGAUCAGUUCAAGUGGCAAGAAAUAACUCCUAGGCCGGGUUCCAUGUGGCCAAGUGCCCGAAGUGGUUUUCAGUUUUUUGUGUACCAAGAUGAGAUUUUCUUAUAUGGUGGCUAUUCCAAAGAAGUUUCAUCUGAUAAAACUGGCUCUGAGAAAGGAGUUGUUCAUUCAGACUUGUGGUCUCUUGAUCCUAGGACUUGGGAAUGGAACAAGGUAAAAAAAAGCGGGAUGCCUCCUGGACCUCGAGCUGGGUUUUCUAUGUGUGUUCAUAAGAAGCGAGCUUUGUUCUUUGGGGGUGUGGUGGACAUGGAAGUUGGAGGUGAUGUAAUGAUGAGCUUGUUCUUGGACGAACUUUAUGGUUUCCAAUUAGACAACCAUCGCUGGUACCCAUUGGAGCUACGGAAGGGGAAAUCAACAAAAGAUAAGGUAAAAAAGAGUUCUGGACGAAAACGUAACGGUGAUGAUAAGAUAAAUUCAACUGAACCAGAGGGGUCUGUGGCAAAUGACAAAGGUGAUAAUUCAGAGAAUGAUGAAGAAGCAGAUGACUUGGAAAGCAAAAUUGAUGGUAUAUCAAAUCAAAUGGCUACAACCAUGACUGGUGGUAAUGGUGACUUAGCUGUCAAAUCUGAAGGAAAGCCACAGGAAUCUAGUGCUAAUUUGGAUUCACAAAUUUCUGAUAUACCAGAGAUAGUGAAGCCCUGUGGACGUAUCAAUUCUUGCAUGGUUGUUGGAAGAGAUACGUUAUAUGUUUAUGGGGGAAUGAUGGAGGUUAAAGACCAAGAAAUUACACUCGAUGAUUUGUAUUCUCUUAAUCUUAGCAAACUUGACGAGUGGAAGUGCAUCAUACCGGCAUCGGGAUCUGAAUGGGUUGAGGUCUCUGAGGAUGAAGAUGAGGAUGGAGAUGAAGAUGAUGAUAGUGAAGAUGAAUGCAAUGAAGACAGCAACAGUGAUGAGACUGAUGAUGAUAAUGAUGAAGAGGGUGGGAAAGAUGGAUCCCUUCAAAUGGGAGAUGCUGUUGCUUUAAUCAAGGGCGAGGGAAGGGCUCUACGGAGGAAAGAGAAACGGGCCAGAAUAGAGCAGAUCAGAGCCAGUCUUGGCCUUUCAGAUUCACAAAGAACCCCAACGCCUGGUGAAUCUUUGAGAGAAUUCUACAAACGUACAAAUAUGUACUGGCAAAUGGCAGCGCAUGAACAUACUCAACACACUGGAAAGGAGCUCCGUAAGGAUGGUUUUGAUCUUGCUGAAGCUCGAUACAGAGAACUUAAACCAAUUCUUGAUGAGUUGGCCAUAUUAGAGGCAGAGCAGAAGGCUGAAGAGGCAGAAGCUUCAGCUGAAACUAGCACGAAAAAGAGAGGCAAGAAGAAACGAUAACUGGUUCACAGUGACGGAACCAGCCGAAAAAUUGGGGUGGCUUCUACCUAGAGGUUUCUCAAGGGGAUGUUGAUUUUUGGGGUGGGCUGCAGCACAGGCCAGCCGCCCCUUGGUUCCCAACCUGGCGGUUCAACAUAUGAAUGUGCGCAUACGCAUAUUGCUGCUGCCAUAUUGAGUAUGUUUUAAGAUAAUUGUAGAAUAUGAUUUCUACGAAAAUUAUGACAAUGACCUGUUUGUGACAAAUUUUUUGCAAGUUCGUGGUUUCCCUUAUUAGUUCAUUUUGCUUUU